AUGUCUGCAACUCCACGUAGUCUACUUUGCAAACCAACCGUGACUCUGUUUAUGCAAGAGGAAGCAGCUUUCACUACGGCUACUUGCGUGGCAUUCAAAGAAGAAGGUGAGUCAGACUACCUCAAAUAUCCCAUUUAUUUUCAUCCAGUAAAAGAAUUCGAAAAAGAAAUUUUGGCCGAUUUCACAUCUCUGCUGGAGGUAGUUUUUACUGCAGCUUCUUGUAUAUCAUUGGGAGAAGAAGGUGUGGUACGCGGUGGUGGAGCAAUGCACCGUCUAAAAGUGUUUGUAACAGCUGGUUGGAUUCUCGUAGUAAAUACUCCACAGCUUGAUAAACAAACAAAAUAUCUGAGGUGGUUAGGCUGA